AUGCAUGACGCCUCACCUGUGCCUACUCUACCGCAUCCCCACGACGGUGGCCGUAUGCAUAUGUCAUCCCUGUCCUCAUCUUCAUCCAUAUCUGACGCCGAAACUGAACGCCGAGGCCGCUCUGAACGUCCGCGCAUGGCGAGUCGUAAGCCUUCUGCAUCCAUUCUGGUUCCCCGAGACCAUCCCGAAAUUGAAAUUGAAGAGGAAGAGUUUCCUCCCGACGACGCUCGCGCUAUGAGUCCCCGUCGUAAUUCCGCCGAUUUGGAACGAUUGGGCAAGGAGGCCCGCCAGACGCUUCAGGAGCAAGCCAAGGCUCUCCAGUCCUCUCUUCAGGCUCUCGCCGAGCGCAUUGACGCCGUCAAGUCUGACCACGAUAAGCUGGAGAACGAGAACAAGAUCCUACAGGAUUACAUCGGUGGUCUUACCCGCAACAUGACCAAGAGCGAAAUGACCCGCAGUACGAAGGCUCGAAAAGCCCAGAAAUAA